AUGGUGAAUCAGUCCAAGAACAAGUUCAUCAUGAAGACCAAGUAUGGAGCAGCAGUUGCACCCGUUUUCGUCCUUGCUGGUGCCUAUGUUGCUUGGAGCUACAUAAAUCGUAGUUUAUGGAGGAAGAAAGACGAUAAUAAUGGUCGUGAUAUCAGGAGAAGCAUAGGUAAAAACAGUGUAGAACCAAAAAGAGAUAAUAAUGUUAAAAACACGGGUAAGGAGGGUUCUUCAGGAAGAAGAGGAAGAGAUGAGAGAACCAUGUCAAGAUCAGUUUCAAUGGGGGCAAUUCGAGGAGGAAAAUUGGCGUUGCAGAGAUUGCUUGAUUUGCACUCUUACCGCUCUGAUACUGCCUCCCUUGCAAAUGCUGAGGCCGAGUUCGAAUCUUUGCUUUUGAAGGAAAAUCCGGAUUUCGGGUUGCUUCAGAGAGACAUUGUAAAGAUGGAAAUGAGUGGGAAAGAAGCAAAAGGAGCAGAGAUAUUAAAGAAAGCAUUGAAGAAAGCAAGAGAAGAAGGGAAAGGUCAUGAGGCUUAUGAGAUUGAGAUGUUGCUUGUGGAAAUGUUGAUCUACUUGGGAAACUUGGAAGAGGCUUCAAAAUGUAAGUGUUUAGAGGAUGAAGUCAUAACAGAUGCAAGACGUCCUCUUUACCAGACUAUAAUCCAUUAUCUUCGAGGAGAUCCUGAGAAGCAAGUCGAGGAAACAUUCAAUAGGUUCAAAGAGAUUCAAAAUGGUCUACAAUGGCCUGGAAGCUCAGAAGAAUGUGAGAUUCAAGAAGUCACAUUAGAUGAGUUCAAGAAAGUGAUGGAGUCUCUCAAGCAAGAAAUCAGAGAGAGCAACAAGAGAAGCAAAUCAUAA